UUUGCAGUCGCAGGCUGGGAGUGGGCUUGCGGUUCCCAGGAGCCGCCUAGGAUUCUCGAACCUGGGCAGGGGGAUACCUCCGGAGGGGGCGUGGAGCGGAGUGAUGGUCCCGGCUCGUGCGGGGCAGGGGCGUGGAGAGUCAGAGGGCUGGGCCUCGGAAGCGUUUUGCUCACCUCUUCCCACCGGCUAUCGCGCCUGCCCCCGCCUCCCCGGGACAUCUGGAGUGCAGACUACAGUCAAUAAGCGAAGAAGCCUUCUAAUCUUGGCCUGGAUACCAGCACUUACCAGAACGGAGUUCACGUUGCACGCCAAAUUGCAGCACUGAUGACGAAGCUGGAAACUGCACAGAUGCAAAAUCUCCCAGGGCUUCCCCAGGACGAGUCCCGGAGUCCCUUUAGCCGGAAGCGGAAGUUCGUGUCGGUGGGAUCAUGGCGACUUUUGCCGACUUGCCGGACUCGGUCCUGUUGGAGAUCUUCUCUUACCUCCCUGUCCGGGACCGGAUCCGCAUCUCGAGGGUCUGUCACCGCUGGAAGAGGCUGGUGGACGACCGAUGGCUGUGGCGACAUGUCGACCUGACUCUCUACACGAUGCGACCUAAAGUCAUGUGGCACCUCCUUCGCCGGUACAUGGCGACCCGGCUCCAUUCCCUGCGGAUGGGCGGCUACCUGUUCUCGGGCUCCCAGGCUCCCCAGCUGUCCCCUGCCCUGAUGAAGGCCCUGGGCCAGAAGUGCCCCAACCUGAGGCGCCUGUGCCUGCACGUGGCCAACCUGAGCAUGGUGCCCAUCACCAGCCUGCCCUGCACCCUGAGGACCCUGGAGCUGCACAGCUGCGAGAUCUCCAUGGCCUGGCUCCUCAAAGAGCAGGACCCGACCGUGCUGCCCCUGCUCGAGUGCCUGGUGCUGGACCGCGUCCCCGCCUUCCGCGACGAGCACCUGCAGGGCCUGACGCGCUUCCGCUCCCUGCGCUCGCUCGUGCUGGGCGGCACGUACCGUGUGACCGAGACCGGGCUGGAUAUGGGGCUGCAGGAGCUGAGCUACCUGCAGCGGCUCGAGGUGCUCGGCUGCACCCUCUCGGCCGACAGCACCCUGCUGGCCAUCAGCCGCCACCUCCGAGAUGUCCGGAAGAUCCGGCUGACGGUCAGGGGCCUCUCGGCCCCCGGCUUGUCAGUCCUGGAGGGCAUGCCGGCCCUGGAGAGUCUGUGCCUGCUCGGGCCACUCAUCACCCCAGAAAUGCCUUCCCCAGCUGAAAUCCUCUCCUCCUGCCUCACCAUGCCCAAGCUCAGGGUCCUGGAGCUGCAGGGGCUGGGCUGGGAGGGGCAGGAGGCUGAGAGAAUCCUGUGUAAGGGGCUGCCUCAUUGUAUGGUCAUUGUCAGGGCCUGCCCCAAAGAGUCCAUGGACUGGUGGAUGUGACCGACCCACCAGUCCCUGGGACCCUGCUCAGCUUUCAUUCAUGAGCCCUGGACCUCUGAGCAGCCCCUUGCUGAGGGCAGGUAAUCAGGCUGGAGAGGCCUGAAAGCCACAUGUAGAGAGAACCCAGGCCUUGGCGCCUUCAGAUCAUUGGAAACAUUGUUUGCCAGCUGUGUGGCCCCUGUGACAUCAGCCAGCCUCUCAGGGGCCCUGUCCUCACAUCCAGAAAUGAGGAAGACUAUAGCUACCUCAUGGUUAUGUUGCAAAGCCUUACUCUACCAGCCCUGGGCCCAGAGAGGGUCCUCAGUGAAGGGCCAUUCUCAGGACCAGGACGAAUGCAGAAGGGUGGGUUAGGAGUUAGGGAGGCCUGAGGGGCCAAGGUCCCUUAGGAAGCCUGGAAGGGCUGUCUACGCAUGUGCUGCCACGCACUGACACACCACUGACACACCGACACACCAUUGACAAACUGACACCAUUGACAGACCGACAGGCACUCUGGAGACUCAGAGAGAAGGGCAGAUGCAACUCAUGCUUUGAUGAUCAAAAUGUUAAAGGUUCUAAGUUGUACUUUCUGUAUUUUGUAUUCUAUACUUUCCAAGUGUUCCCCAAUAUAUAUUAUUUUGCUAUUAAAGAAAAGGAAUCGUGUUUUU